AUGGUUUGCCCUAAUGUACCUUCUAAAGGAAUGAAUUAUACUGCAGCAGGAAAAACAGGAAUUCAGGGUGUUCAGUUCUUGGUCUGCUUUACUGAUAAUGACCCCGAUGCUAGAACCCAAACAAAGACGAUAUAUAUUUUAUCAGAUGACAAUUUUGAUUUUAAAUUAAUUUCGAAGUUUUCUGAUUCAACACAGCUGUACAAUGAAGUAGAGACACCUACGAGAAAUAUAAAAGAAAUACACGUCACAAAUGCGAUUGCACUCUCAGAUUUCAAAAUCGAACAAAAAGCACUACUGAUCGAGACCUCUAGGGAAGUGUCCGUUAUCAUUAUUGAUGAUUCUGAAUUAUCGUCUGAUAGCACUGUAAUUUUACCAAUCAAGUCGAUAUCGAAUUCAUACGUCAUUUCUACACCUCGAAUAUUCAACAGAACUUCACAAUAUUCACAGUUUGCGAUAAUCUCGCCAAAAAACGGUACUAUAAUUAAAAUUUAUUUUCGGGUUGAUCCUGAUUUGUCUAGAAGAAUAAAUGGAAUAACUUACCGAAAUGGCAGUGAAUUUAUUCUUGUUUUAAAUGAGCUUCAAACCUAUGAAAUAUGGCACAAUGCUGAUGUAUCAGGAACAAUAGUUAAUGCAACAUCGGCUGUCGCAGUUUUUGCUGGAAGUAACUGCCUAGAAAUUGCUUUUGAAAACAGUAGUGAUUCUGGAUAUUGCAGUAAGCUUGAUGAGCAACUUCCACCAAUUGAUAGACUUGAUAAAAUGUAUAUUGUUCCUCCUAACUAUAAUAGGAGGGGAACAGUCCUGAAAAUCGUGUCUCCAUUCGAAAAUAGCCUAAUAUAUAAGAUUGGAAAUAAACAAUCAGAGAAAACACUUCAGCAGAGUGGAUACUUUGAAAUCGAUUUCUCUGAAGAGGUCGUUGUGAUAGAUUCAGAAAAGCCGGUAUUGGUCACUAGUUUUUCAACAGGAUCUGACGUCACAGGUGACCCUUACAUGAUUACUGUACCAGGAAUUAGACAGUAUACAGAUAAAUAUCUAGUGAUGGUUCCUGAAAACUUCAAAGAAAAUUACAUCGGUUUAAUUAUUGAGGAAAAUUCACUCAACAACAUAAUGUUAAACGAAACAAAAAUUAUACAUCAUUUGAAUGAGAGGAAAUUCUAUAAAACCGUAACAAUUAGGGACAUGGACUUUGUCGUGCUUGUUUUACAAGUACAGGGAGGUUUGUUAAGAGUUCAAUCGACAAAUAAUGCGGCGUUCGGAUUAGUCGUGUAUGGUCAUAGAAAACACGAUGGACACGGGUUUGCAGGAAAAGCAGUUCUGCCUGACGCAUGUGUCCACCCUUACGGAUAAUUCCAGUACCUUUUACUUUUUUCCCUCGAUUUUUUUAAUGUGACCGCAUUUGCAGAUUAUUAUUUCGGAAAUGGUAUCAAU